AUGGCUCCAAGCGCUGUCCCCGUGGAGUCGGGCGCCACCCCUCUAGACUUGGGAUCACUGCCCGGAUCCCUAACGACGACAUUCGACGACACUCUUCGAUUCUACCUCAACGGCACUCGGGUGGUCUUGGAUGACAUCGACCCGGAAAUCACUUUGUUGGAAUACCUUCGCGGUAUCGGUUUGACGGGCACAAAACUGCCGUUAGGUAGCCAACUGACAUUCCCCCCUGACAGCGGCUGUGGAGAGGGUGGGUGUGGAGCAUGCACUGUUGUCGUCUCCCAGUUCAACCCAACAACAAACAAAAUUUACCAUGCCAGUGUAAACGCCUGUCUGGCACCAUUAGUAUCUGUCGACGGCAAGCAUGUCAUCACUGUCGAGGGUAUCGGCAACGUCAAGAAGCCACAUCCCGCCCAGGAACGGGUGGCAAAGGGUAAUGGCUCCCAGUGCGGUUUCUGUACGCCCGGUAUCGUCAUGAGCUUGUACGCUCUUCUGCGUAACAAUGACAACCCCUCAGAACACGACAUCGAAGAGGCUUUUGAUGGAAACCUCUGCAGGUGUACCGGAUACCGCCCUAUCCUAGACGCUGCUCACACUUUCACCAAGAAGGCGCCUUCGGCUUGCGGUAACAGCAAGGCGAAUGGCGGCAGUGGAUGCUGUAUGGAGGGAGGUGGUGGUGGUGGCUGCGGAGGAGCAAAUCAGAACGGAGACGACCAGCCCAUCAAGCGCUUCACGCCUCCAGGAUUCAUCGAGUACAACCCAGAGACGGAGCUCAUCUUCCCUCCAGCACUCAAGAAGCAAGAGUUUAGGCCACUUUCGUUUGGAAACAAGCGGAAACGAUGGUUCCGUCCCACCAAGCUGGAGCAGCUGCUGGAGAUCAAGAAAAUGUACCCCAAUGCCAAGAUUAUUGGUGGCAGCACGGAAACACAAAUCGAGAUCAAGUUCAAGGCUCUUCAAUAUCCCAUUUCUGUCUUUGUUGGCGAUAUUCCCGAACUACGACAGUACUCCUUCAAGGAAAAUCAUCUCGAGGUGGGCGGCAACAUCACUCUUACCGAUCUGGAGAAUGUCUGCCAGGAAGCCAUCAAGCACUACGGAGAGAAGAGGGGGCAGAUCUUCAAUGCCAUGUACAAGCAGCUCAAGUACUUUGCUGGCAGGCAGAUCAGAAAUGUCGGUACACCAGCAGGGAACUUGGUGACUGCCUCGCCCAUUUCUGACUUGAACCCAGUACUGCUGGCUGCUGAUGCUGUUCUGGUGGCCAAGUCUCUCGGUGAAAGCGGAAUUGUCGAAACCGAGAUCCCCAUGUCCCAGUUCUUUACUGGUUAUCGCCGUACGGCACUUCCACAGGACGCUAUUCUGGCUGCUAUCCGUGUCCCGCUAACUCGGGAGAAAAAUGAGCUCUUCAGGGCUUAUAAGCAGGCCAAGAGGAAGGAUGACGAUAUUGCUAUCGUUACUUCUGCCUUCAGAGUUCGCCUGAACGAGGACGGCAUUGUCGACCAAUGCAGCCUUGUCUACGGCGGUAUGGCGCCUACAACCGUCGGUGCCAAGACGGCAAAUUCGUAUCUUCUGGGCAAGAAGUUCGCCGAACAACAGACACUAGAAGGUGUCAUGAAUGCGUUGGAGCAGGACUUCAACCUUUCAUUCAGCGUACCGGGAGGCAUGGCCACUUACAGAAAGUCGCUGGCCAUUGGUCUCUUUUACCGAUUCUACCACGAGUUUAUGCUCAUUCUAGGUAGUACCGCCGAUGAAGAGGUUGUACCCGAGCUGGAGAGGGAAAUCUCUACUGGUCAGGAAGAUAGAGAGGCGGCUGCUGCUUACAUGCAGGAGACUGUUGGAAAGUCAAAUCCUCAUCUUGCGGCGCUGAAGCAGGUAACGGGAGAGGCUCAAUAUACUGACGACAUUCCACCACUCAAGAAUGAACUGUACGGUUGCCUGGUCCUCUCUACCAAGGCGCAUGCCAAACUCUUGUCCGUCGACGCUUCAGCUGCGUUGGAUAUUCCAGGAGUUGUUGACUACAUCGACAAGAAUGACAUGCCCAAUGCCGCAGCCAAUCACUGGGGUGCCCCCCACUACCAAGAAGUCUUCUUCGCCGAAGACACGGUUUACACGGCUGGUCAGCCUAUUGGUCUUAUUGUUGCUACAUCGGCUGCCCGUGCUGCCGAGGGUGCCAGAGCUGUCAAGGUGGAAUAUGAGGAGUUGCCUGCCAUUUACACCAUGGAGGAGGCCAUCGAGAAGGAGAGCUUUUUUGACUUCUUCAGGGAGAUCAAGAAGGGUGAUACGCAAGAAGGCUUCAAGAACUCCGACUACGUCUUCUCUGGUGUUGCCAGGAUGGGCGGUCAGGAGCACUUUUACUUGGAGACCAACGCCACGUUGGCGAUCCCCAAGCACGAAGACGGCGAAAUGGAGAUCAUCUCCAGUACCCAGAAUCCCAACGAAGCUCAAGCAUAUGCUGCCCGUGUCUUGGAUGUUGCGGCAAACAAGAUUGUGGUCAAGGUCAAGCGGUUGGGAGGUGGCUUUGGUGGAAAGGAGACGAGAUCGGUGCAACUGAGCAGUAUCAUUGCCCUUGCCGCGCAGAAGACUGGCCGCCCAGUCCGCUGCAUGCUGACUCGUGAAGAAGACAUGGUCAUCUCCGGACAGCGUCACCCCUUCUUGGGCCGGUGGAAGAUGGGUGUCAACAAAGAUGGCAAGAUCCAAGCCCUUGAGGUCGAUAUCUUCAACAACGGUGGUUGGUGUUGGGACCUGAGUGCCGCCGUCUGCGAGCGUGCCAUGACACACUCGGAUAACUGCUAUCACAUUCCCAACAUGCAUGUCACCGGCCGCAUUUGCAAGACCAACACCAUGUCCAACACCGCCUUCCGUGGUUUUGGCGGCCCUCAGGGCAUGUUCAUUGCCGAGUCGUAUAUGAAUGAAGUUGCCGACCGUCUCGGCAUGCCUGUUGAGAGAUUCCGUGAGAUCAAUUUCUACAAGCCUGGCGAGCGUACCCACUUCAAUCAAGAGAUUCAAGAUUGGCACGUUCCUCUUAUGUGGGAACAAGUCAUGAAGGAGGCCGAGUACGAGUCCCGUCGAGAGGCCAUCGCCAAGUACAACGUCGAGCACAAGUGGCGCAAGCGCGGUCUCGCCAUCAUUCCCACCAAGUUCGGUAUCUCCUUCACUGCCCUGUGGUUCAACCAAGCCGGUGCCCUCGUUCACAUUUACCACGACGGCUCCGUGCUCGUCGCCCACGGCGGUACCGAGAUGGGUCAAGGCCUACACACCAAGAUGACGCAGAUCGCCGCUCAAGCUCUCAACGUCCCCCUCGAGAACGUCUUCAUCUCGGAAACCGCCACCAACACCGUCGCCAACGCCUCAGCCACUGCCGCUUCCGCCUCCUCCGAUCUCAACGGUUACGCCAUCUACAACGCCUGCCAACAACUUAACGAGCGUCUCGCCCCUUACCGCGAGAAGCUCGGCCCCGACGCCACCAUGAAGGACCUUGCCCACGCCGCCUACUUUGACCGCGUCAAUCUGUCUGCCCAGGGCUUCUACAAGACGCCCGAGAUCGGCUACACCUGGGGUGAGAACAAGGGCAAGAUGUUCUUCUACUUCACGCAGGGCGUCACGGCCGCCGAAGUCGAAAUUGACACACUCACGGGCACCUGGACGUGCUUGCGUGCCGACAUCAAGAUGGAUGUCGGGCAGAGUAUCAACCCUGCCAUUGACUAUGGGCAGAUCCAGGGCGCGUUUGUGCAAGGUCUGGGAUUGUUUACCAUGGAAGAAUCGCUGUGGAUGCGCAACGGACCGAUGGCGGGUAACUUGGUCACCCGCGGCCCGGGCACGUACAAGAUCCCUGGCUUCCGCGAUAUCCCGCAGCAGUGGAAUGUUAGCUUGCUCAAGGACGUGGAGUGGAAGGAGCUGAGGACGAUUCAAAGGAGUAGAGGUGUUGGCGAGCCGCCGCUGUUCAUGGGCAGUGCGGUUUUCUUUGCCAUUCGUGAUGCGCUCAAGGCGGCGAGAGCGCAGUAUGGUGUCAAGGCUAAGGUUGGGGCCGAGGGUGGAGAGGAUGAUGGGUUGUUGAGGCUGGAGAGCCCGGCGACGCCGGAGAGGAUCAGGUUGGCAUGUGUUGAUCCUAUUGUUGAGAGGGCGAGGGUGUUGCCGAAGGAGGGAGAGAAGAGCUUCUUUAUUGCUAUCUGAGCUAUUGUUCUGUUUGCUUACUGCGGAUUAUUUACUGGGGUUGGUUCUGUGAAAUCUAGGUCUUACUGACGGGAGCAUUUAUAUGUACUUCACGAAGAAUGGGGAAACAGGACCGGGUUUUGUGACAUUGCAAGGUAGCUUGUUGCAGAUUCUUAUGCGAGUCAAUGAUUGAUGUCAAGCAUACC